AGGCCCUGUGCUCGAGCGAGGAGGAGGAGGAGGGGCCGGGCAUGGCCCCCUGAGGGGCCUCCCAGAGAGCAAAGGAGCCGGUGGAGGGUAUGGAGUCCAGAGAGGAGCCGGCGGAGCAGACCGAAGGGUCGGAUCAAGGGGCCUGGAGGGAGAAGGGCCCCCUGGGGGAUCAGGGCAACUGGGUGUCCCGUGGGGAGAAGGGGGAGAGGGGAAGCCGGGGCCUGAGGGGCGAACGGGGCCUUUCAGGGGAGAGGAGAGACCAUGGGGACUGGGCAGAGCGCGGCUCCAGGAUGGAGAAGAGCGAACGGACUGUGAAGGGUGAGCGGGCUCCCCGGAGUGACAAGGCCGAACAGGGCGAUGGGGCUCCCCGGGCUGAUCGGAUCCUCCGGCCGCCUCGAGCGUCAGAGCAGGCGGAGCGCGGCUUGUGGAGCGCCGAGCCAGGCGAGUGGAUGGAGCGUGGCCCGUCCUGGGCUGGAGACCCCGACCCCCUCUUGCCUCCCGAGGAUUUCUUGCCACCCCCCGAGUGUCCUGUCUUUGAGCCCAGCUGGGCCGAAUUCAGCGAUCCGCUGGGCUACAUUGCCAAGAUCCGACCCAUCGCAGAAAAAAGUGGCAUCUGCAAAAUCCGCCCUCCCGCCGACUGGCAACCUCCUUUUGCUGUGGAAGUGGACAACUUCCGGUUUACUCCACGGAUACAGAGGCUCAAUGAAUUAGAGGCACAGACCAGGGUAAAACUGAACUAUCUAGACCAGAUCGCAAAGUUCUGGGAGAUUCAAGGUUCUGCACUGAAAAUUCCCAAUGUAGAGAGGCGUAUCCUUGAUUUGUACAGCUUGAGUAAAAUUGUGAUGGAGGAGGGUGGAUAUGAAGCCAUUUGCAAGGAUCGCCGGUGGGCACGGGUGGCCCAGCGACUUUCUUAUCCAUCAGGAAAGAAUAUUGGUUCCCUCCUUCGUUCCCACUAUGAGCGUAUUAUCUACCCGUAUGAAAUGUACCAGUCUGGUGCUAACCUGGUGCAGUGCAAUACUCACCCAUUUGAUAAUGAAGAGAAAGACAAAGAGUAUAAGCCUCAUAGCAUCCCAUUGCGCCAAUCCGUGCAACCUUCCAAGUUCAACAGCUAUGGGCGGCGGGCCAAGCGACUGCAGCAGGAGGAAUCCGACUCAUACCCUGAACCUGCGAGCUCCCCAGCUCUGUUACCCGAGCAAGCACAUCAAGCAUGGCCAGAGCCAACAGAGGAGGACAUUGAGAAGAACCCAGAAUUGAAGAAGCUGCAGAUUUAUGGCGCUGGUCCUAAAAUGCUGGGACUGGGGCUUGUAGCCAAGGACAAGAACAUGCGCAAGAAAGACAAGGAGAUGCCUGAGUGCCCCCCAACAGUGAUAGUAAAAGAGGAAGCUCCUGUUUCAGAGGUGAAGCUGGAACCCACUGCACCCCGAGGCUAUGCAAAUAUGAAAGAAGAGUUGAGGCACAGUCCAGAACCUUGCACCAAGAUGACCAUGCGCCUCCGUCGGAAUCACAACACUCAGUUUAUUGAAUCUUAUGUUUGUCGGAUAUGUACACGGGGAGAUGAGGAUGAUAAGCUGUUGUUAUGUGACGGCUGUGAUGACAACUAUCACAUCUUUUGCCUCUUGCCUCCUUUACCUGAGAUUCCUAAAGGGGUCUGGAGAUGUCCCAAAUGUGUCAUGGCGGAAUGUAAGCGUCCCCCAGAGGCUUUUGGCUUUGAGCAGGCCACUCGGGAGUACACGCUACAGAGCUUUGGCGAGAUGGCAGAUUCUUUCAAGGCCGACUACUUCAACAUGCCAGUCCAUAUGGUGCCAACAGAGCUUGUAGAAAAGGAGUUCUGGCGCUUGGUGAAUAGCAUUGAGGAAGAUGUGACGGUGGAAUAUGGGGCUGACAUUCAUUCCAAAGAAUUUGGAAGUGGUUUCCCCAUCAAUGAUGGCAAAAGGCAGCUCUCUCCAGAGGAAGAAGAGUAUGCAGCCAGCGGCUGGAACCUCAAUGUGAUGCCAGUGCUGAAGCAGUCGGUGUUAUGCCACAUCAAUGCUGACAUUUCAGGCAUGAAGGUUCCAUGGCUCUACGUGGGCAUGGUGUUCUCUGCUUUCUGCUGGCACAUUGAGGAUCACUGGAGUUACUCUAUUAACUACCUCCACUGGGGUGAACCUAAGACUUGGUAUGGGGUCCCAUCCUUUGCAGCUGAACAUCUGGAAGACGUUAUGAAGAAACUGACCCCAGAGCUUUUUGAGAGCCAGCCAGACCUGUUGCACCAGUUGGUGACACUCAUGAACCCUAAUACACUUAUGGCUCAUGGCGUCCCGGUCGUCCGGACCAAUCAGUGUGCUGGAGAGUUUGUAAUUACCUUCCCUAGAGCUUAUCACAGUGGCUUCAAUCAGGGCUACAACUUUGCCGAAGCAGUUAACUUUUGCACUGCUGACUGGCUGCCAGCUGGUCGCCAGUGCAUUGAGCACUAUCGGCGCCUUCGCCGCUACUGUGUCUUCUCCCAUGAGGAGCUUAUCUGCAAAAUGGCUGCUUGCCCUGAAAAGUUGGACUUGAACUUGGCUGCUGCUGUACACAAGGAGAUGUUUAUCUUGGUCCAGGAGGAGCGUAAAUUGCGAAAGGCUCUCCUUGACAAGGGAAUCACUGAAGCCGAGCGAGAGGCGUUCGAGUUGCUUCCAGAUGAUGAGCGCCAGUGUGACAAAUGCAAGACAACCUGUUUUCUGUCAGCGCUGGCUUGCAAUGAUUGUCCCAAUUGUCUUGUCUGCCUUUAUCACAUCAAUGACCUCUGCAAGUGCCCGAGUAGCAGGCAGUACCUCAGGUAUCGGUAUACUCUGGAUGAACUCCCAGCCAUGUUACAUAAAUUGAAGGUCCGAGCUGAAUGCUUUGACACAUGGGCCAACAAAGUUCGCAUUGCUUUGGAAGUGGAAGAUGGACGCAAGAGAACCUUGGAGGAGUUGCGUGCCCUGGAAUCGGAGGCACGUGAGAGGAACUUCCCUGAGAAUGAACUUCUUCAUCGGCUCAAAACCUGUCUGAGUGAAGCGGAGAAGUGUGUCUCAGAGGCCCUGGGUCUGAUAAGUAUUCAAGAAACAGAAGAGUCAUCAGUCCAUAUGACAGUAGAGGAAUUACGUGCCUUCCUAGAGCAAAUGACAAACUUGCCCUGUGUCAUGCACCAGAUAAAGGAGGUCCAGGAUGUGUUGGAGAAGGUGGAAGCCUUCCAGGUGGAAGUUCAAGAGGCCCUACAAGAUCUUUCAGGCAAUUCCCCAGAGUUGCACAAACUACUGGCACAAGGAACGCGAUUAGGGGUGGAGGUGCCAGAGAUGGAGCUGCUGGAGAGGCAGGUGCAGCAGGCAGUCUGGCUGGAGGAGGUCAAGCAGACUCUGCGUUCACCCCAGGAUAAGGUUACUCUCUCUGUCAUGAGAGCACUCAUCACCUCUGGCGGUGGAGUUUCCCCGAGUCCUGCUGUGGAUAAGGCGAUGGCCGAGUUGCAGGAGUUACUCACUAUUGCUGAGCGUUGGGAGGAAAAAGCGCAAAUGUGCCUAGAGGCCAGGCAGAAGCAUUCGCCAGCUACGCUGGAGGCCAUCAUCAAGGAGGCAGAGAACAUCCCAGUGCACUUACCCAAUAUCCUGUCGCUCAAGGAGGCUCUGUCCAAAGCGCAGGCUUGGAUUGCUGAUGUGGAGGAGAUCCAGAAUGGAGACCAUUAUCCCUGCCUGGAUGACCUGGAGGGCCUUGUGGCUGUGGGUAGAGAUUUGCCAGUGCACUUGGAGGAAUUGCAUCACUUGGAAGUACAAGUAGCGACUGCACAUUCCUGGCGGGAAAAGGCCUCCAAGACCUUUCUCAAAAAGAACUCCUGUUACACGUUGCUUGAGGUGCUGUGCCCGUGUGCCGAUGCUGACUCCGAUAGCGUCAAACGCACUAAAUGGCAGCGGGAGAAGGAGCCAGGCCUCUACAAUUCUGACACGGAGAGACUGGGCCUCUCAGCAGAGGACCUCAGGGACCCUGGCUCUGUUAUCUUGGUCUUCAAAGAAGGUGAACAGAAGGAGAAAGCAGGGAUUCUCCGCCUACGCCAGUCAAACACCCAGAAGCCUGUGCCGUCCAUGCAUAGUCCUCCUGGGAUCCAGUACUGUGUGUGUUCCCAGCCUCCCAGCCCUGCUAUGUUGCAGUGUGAACUAUGUCAGGACUGGUUCCACACCACCUGUGCAGCUUGGCCUCGCCUGGGCAAUCCCCGGCCUUCUCCGGCAUGGUGGGAGUGGGAUGCAAAAUUCCUGUGUCCUCUAUGCCAGAGGUCCCGCCGGCCCCGCCUGGAGACCAUCCUGGCUUUGCUGGUGGCUCUGCAGAAACUUCCUGUCCGGCUGCCCGAGGGAGAAGCCCUCCAAUGCUUGACUGAGCGUGCCAUUAUGUGGCAGGACCGCGCUCGCCAGCUCCUAGGCUCCUCUGACGUAGUUGCUGCCUUGGGACGUUUAGCUGAGCUGCGGCAGCGGCUGCUUGGGGACUCGGCCAAGGACGCAGGUGCACUCAAAGAGAGCAGCUGCAACGAACAGACGAAGGUUUCCUUAGAGAACGGAGAUGCCACAACUCCAGAGAAGAACAGCUCCUGUGCCUCAGACCUGGAGAUGCUUUCUUCUUACCUGCCCCAGCUGCAAGGCCCUGUCCUAGAACUGGCGGAUGCCGUCCGUCUACCUUUGGAAGAGCUGCUAAUGGAAGGGGAUCUUCUCGAAGUGACGCUAGACGAGAGCCAGAGCAUUUGGCGCUUGCUACAGGCUGCCUGCGCUCCCCAGCUCCACAAAUUCCAGCAGCUACUGGAUCUGGAGCAAGCGGAGCGGCGCGUCACCCGUGGGCGAGGCCGAGACUCAGAGCGGCGGCGGAAACGCAAGACAGAGCGUGGUGAUUGCCCAGCCCUGCCUAAGGAGGAAUUGGAGCCAAAGAAGAUCCGGGCGGCAGACCCAGCGCUGUCCCAAGGUGGCGCUCCCCCUGCAGCAGGCACAGACUGCAGCCACAAUGGAGUUGGACAGUUGUGACGGCUAGAAGAUGCCUGGAUUUCUCCUUCCUGGACUCUACUGCACUGUAAGGGACUCUGGCAGCCCCAGGUCACUCAGUUGGCUUGACUAGCACUCUGCAUGGGGAGGCGCCCAGCCCUAGAAGUUGCGGCUGCAUCUCCCCCCACCCCCAGGACUUGGCACUGGCCCUGCAUCAGACUAUUUUUCAGAUGAUGUAAUAUUUUAUUUUCUUUUUCUCCUUUUGUAUUGUCGAUACUGCGGAAAGGGGAGGCAUUGCAGGGGUCACCAACAAGCAGGGCCCGUGUUCUCUUUGGCAGAAGCAACUGAGGGGAACCACCGCGUUGCUGCUCUAAGGACCGAAGCCUUGCAGAGAUCCAGCACGGGUGGUUGAAUGUGCUGGGACAGUGCCCAGCUCCUCGCUUCAGGCAGUGAAAGGAGUUGGGGCCUUUCCUGAGAGGAGCGUCCUCCUUUUUGUACCAGCAUUCCCUGGAUACCGCAGGGACAGCACCUCCUGUUGCACAGAGGGGCAGCUCUCCCUAGACACCCCUGUCCUCCUCCUGGUACCUGUUGGGUUUUAUAGGAAUUGGGGUAACCACUUUAUUCUCUAGGGUGGUGGAAAAGGCAAGGAAUAUUUUAGUUCCACUCCAGCCACUACUCCACCCUCAUCGUCCCACCCCCCCAAAUCAUGGGCCCCAUACUGCCUCAGGCUCUGACACUAAAAACCUUUUGUCUUUCUCUUUUUAGUGUUUUCCUUUAUUUUCUCCAGCAGAGAAGGGUGGGAUGUUGGGGGUAGGGAGGGGUGUGUUAUUUUAUUGUAUUAUGAUUUUUUUAUUAUUAUUAUUAAACUUUGGAGGUUAACAAAUUUACUUGGAUCUUGGGAUAAAGACGACCUGGUCAGUUAGAGUUGCUGGUGGCAGUUGUGAGCAUGCCCAGUUUCACACAACAUAUUGUCAGUACUGUAGCUUGUUUUCUAAUUUCCUACUAUGUAGGAGCAUGACCAUAGAGUAAUGAGAAGCCCUGAGUAUCUUGUUUCCUUGUUUCAAACCUGAAUUUUUGUAUCAUGGUUCUCAGUGAGGUGUAGUGUGAAAUCGCCCUUUCACAUUACUAAUAGUUGUUGUAGAUAAUUCUAUUUUGUUUCUCCAAUUGUUAGAUACACAUAAUUAGAGAAUUGCAAUUUUUGCAAAAAUAAUAUAUUGCCAGUGACAAAAAGCUAUUAGGAACAAAUCUUUCAGACCAAUGAAAAGUAAUAGAAUUUCCUGAAAUAUUUCAGAAACAAACAAAAAACCAUCCAGAGAAUGAGUAGGACCAGUAGGUGAAGACAAAAAAGUAGAAAUAUGAUAAGGCAAGUGAGUAGAACAUGAAUUCUGUCAGUUUUCAUUCCAGAUGAAUUUAAGAAUCAUUUUGGAGAAUGCACCUUUAAAAAUAUGCUAAGCAGAGGUAAAUCAGAGGGCUCGUGAUAAUUAAAAGGAGAAUCUGUUAAUAUCAGCUGGGCUACAUAUUAUUUAACCACGAUUUCUUAAUUUUAAUAUAAAGGUUUGAGCUAAAAUGUAUGACUUAUAAAAAGUGGCAUUUUCUGUAUAUUUGUAGAAAGCAUUAUUAUACUAAAGGUAGUUGAAUACACUUUGGGCAAGCCUAAGAGGAACUAGCAUGGAUUCUGUGAGAGAAAAAUCUUAGAAUUCUGUGUCUCAAAUGUGAAAUUAGUGAUCAUCGAGAGAUCAUUGUGUACUUGAAAUUUUCAGAUACUUUUCACAAAAACCUCAUACCAAAGCUUACGUUCAAUGAGAGGGUAUAUCUUCCCAUGCCUCCAUAUUUAUCUCGGAAAAAAAUGCAAGUAAUGACACCAAAAUACUCUGUUAAAUUUAAGAAAUGAGGCAUAGCGGAAAUAAAUAGGGAAUAGCCAAGUUGACACCUGGGUUUAGAUUAUGCAAUCCCAACCAGCCUGGAAAAGAGCUUCGAAAGAGCUUCCCAUCAUCACAUACUCUGGGAUUCAUUCCAUGAGCUGUAGCGAUAACCCCCCUGUCUCCCCUCACUCCCCAUGUCCAGUGGCUUUUUAAAAAUAUUACCUUCUUCGGGAAUAAAGCUGGUAAGACCUAUCAACAGUGCAAAGUAAAUGAAAUUUAAACGUGUAUUACAAUUGGGGGUUGAUGGCGCGCAGAGUAUGGAUCAACCGUAGAUGAAACUUGGUUUGAUCUGAUACAGAAUCUUGUUGGUUCUUGUUGUGGAAGAGCUCAUAAUCUGCAAGGGUCUUAACCAUUUCUGUUAAAAUCAUCAGAAGGUGGAGGUAAUAGAGAUCAUGUCUUUCUGCCAUCAAAAGAUACUUCCUCCAAAGAAGUUGCAACUGUUAUUAAUACUGAACUAGCAUCUGUAAUGGGUAAAUACUUCCUGCUUUCUUUGACUGAAAAGCAGUUGGUAUAUAUAUAUAU